CAGGGAGGAGGAGGAGGAGGAGGAGGAGGAGCAGGGCGGUCCUCAGCGGGCCUCACCCUUCCUCGUGGUUCUGACCUCCGUCUCCUCAGUUGAUUCAUCCAUCAGCGGGUCGACAGCAGCACAGCAGAGACCUUCUUCUUCUGGAGAUGAGUGAGCAGCCUCCUCCGUAUCGUCCCUUCUUCCCUGAAGGACCUCCUCCCUCCGCCUUCGCUCCAGCUUUUUACUCUCCGCCCUCCGCCUUCCCUGGAUCCACCUAUCAGACGUUCCCUCAGAGCUUCCCAGCUCCAGAACAAACCAUCUUCCAUCCGGGACUCGCUGGACCACCGGGGGUCUCACCUGGUUACUAUGGCAACAAGCAGGACUCCUCCCAUCCACCUAAACCCGCAGUGCUGGUGGUGGAGCAGCAGCGCCACCAGGCGGAGGGCGGCAUCGGCUCCUACCUGGCGGCGUGUUCUGCAGCUCUGUGCUGCUGCUGCCUCUGGGACCUGCUGCAUCGCUGAACACCUCCAAGCUUCUCACCUCCUCACCGACCUCAGCAGCAGCUCGCUACCAUCCGGCUGGUCCAUCCGGCAGCAAAUAUCCUCAUGUUUGGCUUUAAAAAUGAAACAAAUGUGCUUCCUGAUUGGCUGGUGAGCAGAUCUGGACUACAAACAUGGAGGACGACGAGAACUCUGUAAAUGUUGCUCCUUCCUUAUUGAACCCAGCUCUCUGCCUGGUGGUAAUUUACUGCUAAAUAAUCCAGUUUGGUCAGAGCUGAUCUAGAAAUAAAGUCUGAUUGGUUAGUGUUUGUCCCUCAUAAUUUAACCCGUUUUUCUCUGUGUUAAAAGUGCAUCACCUACUGAUUGCUCUUAUGGGCCCAAAGUCUUGUAUUUAUGCAUUAUUCUAUUUCUAAAGAACAACGUAAAGCCACUGACCAGCUCCCUGCAGUUGCUGAUCCAGGAUCAGUUCCUCUGAGUCUGGAUCUAAGAACAACAGAUGAGGGCUGGAGCGGACAGAGCAGUAAAAGGAGAGUUUCUGUAAUCUGCUUUGGAACAUGUACAUUUACCAAAAUUAAUAUUAAAAUCACACUAAAACCUU